AGCCGUCGCAGGUGUGACGUCACCGGGGUCUUUCCUCGUAUGGCUCUCCGUGAGGGUCACGCAGUCAGUCUGAUCGCCGUUGUUAUUAUUAUUAUUAUUAUUAUUUCUCGCCUCUGAUAUCGUGUCUCUCGUCAUGAUGGGCGCCAGCAGCAGCAGCAGGAUAGCGGCUGGUUUGGGCGCAGCGCUGUUCGUCGCUUACUGCAUUUAUUUCGACAAAAAGAGACGCAGUGACCCAAACUACAAGAACAAACUACGAGAACGAAGAAAAAAGCACAAGGCUGUUCAGGAGAAAGCUGGAUUAUCAAAGUUGCCAGACCUGAAAGACGCCGAAGCCGUCCAGAAGUUCUUCCUAGAGGAGAUUCAGCUCGGAGAAGAGCUGCUGGCGCAGGGUGACUAUGAGAAGGGCGUGGAUCAUCUGACGAAUGCGAUCGCUGUGUGUGGUCAGCCGCAGCAGCUCCUACAGGUCCUGCAGCAAACACUUCCUCCUCCAGUCUUCCAGAUGCUCCUCACCAAACUGCCCACAAUCAGCCAGCGUAUCAUCAGCGCUCAGAGCAUCAGCGACGACGACGACAUCGAGUAGAAGACCUCCAGAAGCGAGUUUUGUUUUAAAUCGGAGCUUGUCCUGUUGAAGUUGACGUGUGUUUCAGUGUAUUAGAACCACAGGAGACGAGCAUGAUCUGUUUUUUCUUCGUCAAUUAUUUGUUUUACUAGCAAAGCAUUUUGGGUUCACAGAAUUAUGAAAUAUGCAAGCAGUAAACCAGAGUACAUGCUACUGUCAUUUAUCUGUGUUCAUGUAUUUAAGUUAUUUACGUUUAAUGUGGUAUUGUGGGACAGGAAGCACAUUUAAAGGUGUUCUGUUUUAGGGGAGUUUCCUCUUUUUUUUAAACUCCAAAAUAAAAAUAAAAUAAAUCAUU